AUGUUCAAUUCAUCUCGUAUAAAUCAAUUAGUUCAAUUAUCAUCAGUUGAAUAUUUCGAUGAUCAAGAUCUAUCUGCAUUACAAUUUUGGAUGCUUAUAGGAAUAUUUAUUUCUUUUUUAAUAUUUAUCUUAACUGUUUUAAGUAUUAUUAUGUAUUAUGAUUUUUUUAUUGAAAAUAAAAAUGAAUUUACUGAAGAACAUACUACACGAUUUAAAGAUUUUAAAGAAAUGACUGGUCUUGAAAUUGAAUUAAAUGAUAUUCGAUCAAUUUUAAUGAAUGAAUUUAUUUUAGAAGCAUGGAAACGUGAAAAACAUAGACAAGAAAGACAUAUUUAA